AUGAAGAUGGAGCGAGUUGACAAGGAAUUGGCGGAGCUGCGACACACUUUCAGGAGUGGGAAGACGAGGAGCCUCGCCUGGAGAGAAACUCAGCUCAAGGCUCUGCUUGAUCUUGUGCAUGACCAUCAGGAAACCCUUUUUGAUGCUCUUCAUCACGACCUGGGGAAACACCCUGUUGAAUCCUUCAGGGACGAGAUUGGAGUCGUCAAGAAAUCCGCUACUCACUCCCUCGCCCAUCUCAAGAACUGGAUGAAACCCAGAACGUUCUCACAGUUUCCUCCUGCGUUUGCAGGGAGCAAAGCUGUGGGCCGGAUUGUACUGGCCGCAGCAGCUCAGCAUCUGACACCGGUGACUCUGGAGUUGGGUGGAAAGUGUCCUGCCAUUGUUGACCUUACUUCAAUCUCCAGCCGUUACGAUACUCAGAUUGUAGCCAAGAGAAUAGUUGGAGGGAAAUGGGGGCCAUGCAGUGGACAGGCUUGUAUAGGAGUAGAUUAUCUGCUUGUGGAAGAAAAGCAUGCCCAAUUCCUGAUAGAUUUGCUGAAGAAAUAUAUCAGGAGAUUCUACGGCGAGCAUCCCAAGGAAUCCAACAGCAUUUGCAGAAUUGUCAACAGAAGGAACUUCGAAAGGGUACAGCGUCUGCUCAAAGAUCCUGCUGUGUCAGCAUCCAUUGUUGCCGGCGGUUUCAUUGAUGAGGAACGACAGUUUAUUGACCCAACAAUCCUGCUGAAUCCACCCUUGGAUUCUGAGCUAAUGACUGAAGAGAUCUUUGGUCCUUUGCUUCCUGUCAUCACCCUGAAUGACAUUGGGGAAAGCAUAGAGUUCAUAAACUCUGGCCCAAAGCCUCUAACAAUUUACCCAUUCACCAAGGAUGAAAAGCUGAAGAAGAUGAUUGUAUCAGAGACAUCCUCUGGAGGUGUGACAUUCAAUGACACAAUGGUCCAGUUUCUGUGCGAUUCUAUGCCGUUUGGAGGAGUUGGAGAGAGUGGGUUGGGAAGGUACCAUGGGAAGUACUCUUUUGACACUUUCAGCCAUGAGAAAGCAGUUAUGGAGAGAGGGUUUUAUCCAGAGCUGGAGCCCAGGUAUCCGCCCUGGAAUAGCUUCAAGCUCAAGUUCAUCCAGUUGGCUUACAACUUCGACUACUUUGGACUCGGGUUGCUGUUAAUGGGAUUAAAGAAGCAUUAAAGUUGUGGAAGGAAAAAAAGAAUACAUGUCGACUCUCUAGAGAAUGUGAGGAGCAUUAAGUUAAUCAUGUUCCUUGCCAAAGUUAACAAAUGUAUUGCAUUGGAUGCGUCUUUCAUGAUCAACAGUCUCUAUUUACUAAUUGGAUGAAUAUAAUACCACAUAGAAUAAAGGUUAUUUCAUUAAUAUCACAUGUUAAAUCAAUCCAUCCAUAUUCCUAUAUUCUGAGAAUAGCAUUGACAACAUAGAAAACAAAACAAACCAA